AUGCGAUUGGAUUUAAAGAAAUUAUCGAAUAUCUCUGAUUCAAAAAUAUGUUUUCUACGUUAUAGACUUCUGUAUAGCCAAAAAAGCAAGAGGGUUAUGAGCGUUUGGGCAGAAUUGAUUCGGCUACAAACGUUUGAUCGAAUUGGCCGGAAGAAUUUGAUAACUCGUCUAGAACGACUCCUCUGUAAACAGAUUAGACUAGAAUCUAUUUGUCUGGAAGGUUUGUCGUUAACGCCAGACGAAGGUGUACGACUACUAUUGGCAUUAUACAACUCCCGUAAAACAAUGAGACACGUAUAUUGUUGGCACGCGUUUGAGAAAAUGGUAAGCCUCGCGGUGGAUCCUAGUCAUCACGAACAAUCAAGAUUUUAUACGGACAAAGAAAUCAAGAUAUGCGACUGGUUCCGCGCCAUUGGCUGCUUGGAGUUUCUCACUACUUUAUCUGUAAACUACGCGUACAUAGCGACACCCACGGGAGAUCUACUCGUCAAUUUGGCCAAGAAACUUGGAACAAAUUGGCAUUGGUUACAGCUAUUGUGUUCAGAAGAAGAAAUUAUACAAAAAGCAGAAGAUGAAUAUGAUAUUGAAAAAGUCGUAAUACCGGAUAGCGCUUGGAGAGCAGCACAUUUUUGGGCACCAGUACUGAAAGUACAAUAUGCUAUUAUAGGAAUACCACGAUAUGAUAUCCAUAAAAAAUUUUUUACAAAACAUACUCGAAUCCAUACUUUUGCACUAUCAACGAGUAUCGAUUUGAAAUUUCGACAGCCAUGGUAUCUUGAUUGCACGAUUAAAACACUUUGCACAUGGUAUUCGGAUACUCUAGUAUACUUAUCCCUGCAAUUAUGGCACAAUCGACAGAAUUUGGAUGAUCAACUAAGACGACUCCUUAUUUACUUACCAUCACUUCGUGUUUUUGAAUAUAUCGGCGAAAUUCGAACAUUUAAAACACUUUGUGCUAUGUGCUGUCAAAUACGAUCUGGUCAUUGCGAUGUUUAUCGUGUUAAUAUGCAACUUCAAGAUGUUAAUGGUUUAGAUAAAGAGAAAUGGAUAAAGAGUAUAAGGUGUAUGAUGGCUUGUUUCAAAUGCGAUUUUGAUAGAAUGGGUAUUGAAUUUAAUAUCGAUUUUUAUUGCUGUUAA